AUGCAGAGUAACUGUCAAGCAAAUCAGAUACAGAUGGCUGAAAGUACUGCAAAACUUUUGAUGGAAUCCUCAAAAUACAAGCUCACGAAACGAGGGAUCGUUCACGUGAAGGGCAAAGGCGAUGUAAACACGUACUGGUUGAAUGAACAUGUCGUGGAAAUCCUGGAACCACCCACAAAAUCUACAGCGCAGGCGGAGAAAGCAGCAGCUGCUGUGAUGCCAGACUUAAUCGAGGCUCUGGGCAGCGACACAACGACUUUGUCGCCGAAUAUGUCUGCCGUUAACUCUACUAAAGCACCACAAAUACCAGUACAACACUAG